AUGUACGGUCAGGCAGGCGAGCGAUUCGCUUCAUCCUUACAGCAUUUGCCCAAGCGGCUCGUCUUACGCCCGGCAACAGAAGACGGCCUAGUGGUGAAAUUACCACCAGAGCAAGAUGCCAUCUCCCAGGAACCGCCUCCCGUCUCCCGCCGCCAUCAGAAAUAG